GAGGAGCGGCGGAGGAGAGGGGGCUCGGUAGUGGGCGGCGGAGGUUAACGGCCCCGCGAAUGACGAGCGCAUCCUGGACCCUGAGACCGGCCGGGACGCUAGAGGACGGAGAGGGAGGCCCGGAGGGAAGUGAACUCGUGUCUGUGCGGAGGGUGGGGGAGGGAGAAAGACCCGCAGCGGGUAAAGCGGUUUCCCGAGCGGGGGGAGUUCUGGGUAAGGAGCGCGGCCAUUCCGCUGGGGUCAAGCGCUCGGCCCUUAAUUCACGAAACUGCGUGCAGUGAGUGCCCCGGACUCUGAUCAGCACGGGAUAUUCAAGUUGAUGGAAGCAUCGGCAUCGGCAGAAGUUCCGGCCGUGCCCGAAAAGAAAAGAUUCUUUUUACAAGGUAUUAGUAAUGGAGGAUCCACAAAUGGGGAAAUCCAGCCAAAGACCGAAAGAGGGCCUGCCAGAAUCACUCGCUCCAUCGCAAUCCGAGUGCGCGGAGCCCUUGAGCACCGAAGCGGAAAGCACAAUCCACAGCGGGGAGAAAUGGUUCAUGUGCUCGGAGUGUGGGCAAGGCUUCAGCCGGGCGUCCGAGUUGCUGAAACAUCAGCGGAGACACACUGGGGAAAAGCUGUGGAAGUGUGGAGAUUGCGGAAAGGGCUUCAAUUACCUCACCCAGCUGGGGAUCCAUCGCCGCAGCCACGCCAGGGAGAGGCUGUUCACCUGCACCACCUGCGGAGAGGGUUUCCCUCUGCCGUCAGAGCUGCAGAAACACCAGCAGCUUCACAGCGGGGAGAAGCCCAUCAACUGCCCCGUGUGCGGGAAAGGAUUCACCCGCUCGUCCUCUCUGCUGACUCACGAGCGGGUCCACACCGGGGAGAGGCCGUUCACCUGCUCCGAGUGCGGCAAGGGCUUCAGCCGCUCGUCCUCCCUCCUGAUCCACCAGCGGAUUCACACCGGGGAAAAGCCGUUCGCCUGCUCCGAGUGCGGGAAGGAGUUCAGCCAGUCGACCAAUCUGCGGAAGCACCGGCGGGUCCACACGGGGGAGAGGCCGUUCGCCUGCUCCGAGUGCGGGAAGGAAUUUGGUCAGUCGACUAACCUGAGGAAGCACCUGAAAGUGCACACGGGGGAGAAGCCGUUUGUCUGCUCCGAGUGUGGGAAGCGGUUCACCCGCUCCUCGUCCUUGCUGACGCAUCAGCGGGUUCACACUGGAGAGAGGCCGUACGUCUGUCCCGAGUGCGGAAAGGGGUUCAGCCAUUCGUCUAACCUGCGGACACACCGGCGAAUUCACAAGUGACUUGUUGUUGCUCCUGAUAAUCACAUCCAGGUCUGGACCGUGUACAGUACCCAGGUUGGAUCCAUUCAUUGUGUAGCCGGGCGGGUGUUUAAUGCCGAAUAAAUCCCCUUCGUCCCGAACACUCAGUGUGUUAUCGAAUUACUAACGGGGCUUGUACUCCAUCCGGUUUAAUUAUUUAGAGGAUCAUUUGAUUGCAGUUCAGUCAAUUUCAGUGUGAAUUUGAAGAUUAAAUUGAAAAUGAUUUUGAACACUACUGAUGGAGAAAUUGAGGGAGGAUGGAACUUCUCUGCUGCUGGGGCAUCUGGCUGUCUGGAGCCAGACCCUUCAGGAGCACAGUGCUGAGAUGGUCCUGGGUGGGGACUGAUUUUGGGUGAAUUUUAAUGAAGAAAUGCACUCGGCUGCCACUUUGUUAUGUACAGAACUACAAACCCCAUUUCCAGAAAAGUUGGGAUAUUUUCCAAAAUGCAAUAAAAACAAAAAUCUGUGAUAUGUUAAUUCACGUGAAC